GUAAAAUAGACGUGGGUUUUCUUGUUUUUCGUUGGGUAAAAGGCGCCAUUUUAAUCGGACACAUUUAAUACAUAUAAAUUUCCCUUCACGCCCACUUCGUCUUCUUUCCUUUGCUCGACGGCUAAAGUUAGUUCGGUGUAUUGGAACAGGGGAUCGGGCGGGUGUGGACUGUGGAAGGCGGGCUGGUUAUUUUCAGUCUUGCCUCCGUGGCCGCUAGCCACUCCCUUGGUGGCGCCCUGUGGGCUGGGAAAGAUCGCGGAGGCGGGCGGGGGGCGGCCAUGGAGGAACAGAGAGAACAAGCCGAAGCCGCGCCGGGGGCAGGGAAUGAGGGAACGGCCCGAGUGUGGGAGUGUUUUUCGAUGAUUCCGACGUGCAAGGGGGCUUGUCAGUGUAGUCGCACAUGUGGCCACAAUAACAAAAGUGUCAUAGCAGGCGAUAGGCAUAGGUAUGAGGAGGAAUUCAGUUACUCACAAAAAAGAUAGCAUCGCGAUAUUUUACCGUAGUGUCGCAACACGGUGAUUGAGUAAUCAUCAAAUCAAGUCAGCUUUAUUUACAGACUUCUCUGUCUAGGGAGAAAAAAAAUAUUCAAAACACGAUUUCAUGGGACAACAGAGAAUAAAUUAAAGUUUUGGGAGGCAAUAUUAGAUAUUUAGUGUCUUGCACCGUUUUUAAAUAAUGAGCAUUUUUGUUGGUACCGCACAAUAGCUCAAUUGGUUUAAUGUUUAAACCACUUGAAACGAAGUACGAGUAGAGCCAUAAGUGAAAAUGUUCAAUAUUGACCUAUCCACUCACCAUGUUUGGCUCGGUAGCACCCCUUCGUUUUUUUUUUUAUUUUUAUUUUUUUAUGAUUUCUUAGAUAUCUUCAGGAAUAAAUGGAAAUGUACAUAAUUUACAGUAUAUGAUCAAAAAAAUUUAAUUGGAGGUCCAAAUUAUUUAAACAAAGGAAAGAAAAACUUUCACAAGAUAUUCCAUGUUAUAUACUUGAACAUAAUAUCUGCUAAUAAUGGUAAGCAACUUACGAAUAUCCAAUUUUAGGUUUAUUGACAUAGAAAAAUUGAAUUGGACAUGCAUGGACCACUAAAGGGAAGAUUCCAAUUCACACUCUGCUGUGUACAUUUUGUAUUUCAUACUAUACACAUAACUAAAUCAUUUUGAUCUCCAUACACAAACACUAAGAUAUGGAAUUUUAUUGCUAAAAUAUUGAUAUACUGUACUUGAAACCUGUAAUGGAAACAUUAAAACUGGAAGCAAGGUAUGUAAAGAAUAGGAGUAAUUGCAUGUACAGUGUAGUUCUGUUUUUGUUGUUUUUAGGAGAGGGCGGGGGUUCCAGCAUUGAUUUGUUCCAUGUCCAGUCAGUUGGCGCACAAUAGCAUUAUUAUUUUUCCAUUCUCCAUUUGAUCAGGAAAUUGCAAAAUUUGAUCUGUGGGAAUAUGUGCACAUUGAUGCAUUUUGUAGUAAGCAUCUGUAAUGAUGAUAAUGAUAUAUGCUAUUUAAAUUCUCAACUAGUCCAGAUUAUAUACUUGUCACUUUGUCAUCUCUGCAGGAUGUGCGGUGGUGAUCGUCCCACGCGAUGUGUCAAUUUUAAAUGCUCACCGUCACUUCCCUCCGAUUUCUACUCAAAGUGAUGUAAGAGGCCAAAAUGGUGACUCAUAGAGAUGCGGAAGCAUCUAGGAAGUGUCCAGCGCUUGGUGCGUGACAGCUGGGUUAAGAUGGUCAGUAACCUUCAAGUGAGCUCAGUUUGACCCACCAGGAAAGAAAACUUAACACCUGUUUGCAAGCAAGUCUUUAGUGAGUGACUCCAGCUUCCUCCCACCAGUUUAGGCUGUUUCGUUUACAAGGGUGACAUCAACCGCUCUGCCUCCAGCGAUGGACAGUCUCUCCUCCACUUCGAGGAGGCGAACAUGGGCAAGCAGAAGCCGACGGUGGUCCAACCUGGAAGAAGUGGAAUCUCAUUGCAGCUCCUUCUCAGACUCUUUAGCGGACGAUGAUGAUGACGUAUUUGCAGACGGAAAUACAGACUUCAUGCUCCAGCACCACGGGUUGGAACCCUGCUUGCAAAAUGGAAGUCUUUGGAGUUUGGAUUCGACGUUAAACAGUGGAGAUGUUACAUUCAAAAUGCGACUGGCAAUGCACGCUGCCAGCACCGAAAUGGACAAUGGCGUCACCAGCAAUGUUCCAGAGGUGCUCCAGUCACGUUCGGAGGAUGCAGAAGAGAUAUUGUGGCAGUUGGGUUUCGGCCAUGAAGAGCAGGAGCUCACCGUGCGCAUCCCGCCUCGCUUCCUCUCCUUCCCCUCUCAAGCUCGGGGUAUCAACUUCCGCCUUUUCCUGGACUCUCAGGUCCGACGGAUACGUGAGGAGGACCCAAGCUUUUGUAUUGCAAGUCGUUUCAGACAAGUCCAAGCACUGACUGCAAUGGCCAAUGCGUUCUGCUCGCUUUACUCACACGUGUCCCGUACUCCCCUCCGAAAACUCGGGGCUCCACAGUUCACCUUCACCGUUUCAUCGCCCGCCGAGAACGUGAGAGGCAGCCCGAAAAGCAGCGUGAAGAGUGAGCUGCGUUCUCCUGUUGAGAGGCUGAAGGACACUGUCUCCAAUAUGUGCCUCUACACCUCAACCAGGAAAAAGUCUAGUCUGGCUGAAAUUACUACGAAGACAGAGGAUUCUGGGGACAGAAGACAAACACAUAGAGGCGAAGAGUACAACAGUGUUGCAUCAGAAGUGGCCCAACUAAGUGAUUCCAAGCAAAUCCAUUGCGACUUAACAGAGGGUGAUCUAAAACCAUUAGCCAUAGUAACGCACGAGCUCAUCCAUCCAAAGAUAGAUGAGCAUGAUCAGCAAGCAAACAUCUUACAUCAGGUCUUCUCAAAUAUGGACAGCAAAGAGUUUGGAGUUCAAAACAAAUUCACAAAAUCUGCAGCCAGACCACGUCUGGUUCAGACCUACGCAAAGUCUUCAGAAGACUGUCAACAUUCAGACGGAUUUGACCUAAAAAAUUACAAAACGUUAAGUUUGGAGGAGGUCUAUAGUACAGUAGAGGAAAUUACAGAAAGAGGAACACCAACAAUGCAACACAAAGGGGAGAUUUGUCGAGGCAACAGCACGCAGUCAGACAGUAGUGGAUUCACUGAUGAAGACACGUGAGCUUCUCUUCAGAUGAUUCAAUUCCAAUGAAGAAAUACAGCUGCAAGAUUGUUCCUGACAACAAUUGACAAGUGCCGCCACACAAAUUAAAUUGAAGGACAUGAAACAAUUUAACCAAUACACUUUGAAGUUGUUUAAUGUAUUUUAACAAAACAUUGCUGUUAACAUAUAAAAUGUGUAAAAAUUUCUAAAGUACACAUCAACUGUACAGUACACAUUGAGAAUAUUUUAUUUUGUGCAAUGAAUAAACAA